AUGACUGCAAAUGGCAAUGCUACGAAGCUGCCCGAGAUCAAGCAUACGCAGAUGCUGAUCAAUGGCAAGUUUGUCAACGCUUCAGACAACAAAACCUUUGAGGUGGUGAACCCAAACACGAAGCAAAAGAUUGCCGAUGUCCCCGAAGCAACCGAGGAUGAUACCAACGCCGCCGUUGCUGCCGCCAAGGCUGCAUUCCCCGAGUGGUCCAACACCGACCCGGAAGUUCGUGGCAGCUAUCUUAAAACUCUCGCCGCGUUGCUGCGAGAGCACUCUUCAGAGAUCGCCCAGCUCGAGAGUGUCUCCAUGGGUCGUCCGACAUCACUUGGUUUUGAUACUGCCCUGGCAGCCAGGACUUGUGAGCAGUAUGCGGAAGCUUGGCCUCUAAUCCAGGGCUGCUCUUCUUUGAACACGCCGGGCUUCGUCGGAAUGUCUCUGCGCCAACCGUACGGCGUUGCCGCCAUAAUCAUCCCCUGGAACGCGCCCGUUGCAUUCAUUGGUAUGAAGUGCGCCCCGGCCCUCAUAGCCGGCAACACGGUCGUGCUCAAGUCCAGCGAGAAGGCGCCGCUGGGCGUGGCGCGCGUCGCCGAGCUGGUCCAACAGGCCGGCUUCCCGCCGGGCGUGUUCAACAUCAUCUCGGGCCACGGCACGCCGUCGGGCUCCGUGCUGGCCCACCACAUGGACGUGCGCGUCAUGUCCUUCACGGGGUCCACCGCCACCGGCAAGCUGAUCCAGCAGGCCGCCGCCAAGUCCAACCUGAAGUCGGUCAGCCUCGAGCUGGGCGGCAAGUCACCGUCCAUCAUCUUUGCCGACGCCCCGAGCCUCGAGCGCGCCGUCGACGCCACCGUCCAGGGCAUCCAGACGAACAGUGGCCAGAUCUGCAUCGCCAACUCGCGCCUGUACGUCGAAAAGCCCAUCGCGGCCGAGUUUGUCGAGCUCUUCAAGAAGAAAUUCUCGGCCGUCUCGGCCGGCGACGCCCUCCGCGCCGACGUCAACCACGGGCCGCAGGUUGACGCCAUCCAGUUCGACAAGGUCCUGAACUACAUCGAGCAGGGCAAGAAGACGGGCAAGCUGGCGUUGGGCGGCGGGCCCAUCGAGGGCACGGACGGCUUCUUCGUCCAGCCGACCGUCUUCCUCGACCAGCCCGAGGACGCGACCGUCAUGAAGGAGGAGAUUUUUGGGCCCGUCGUCAGCAUCAACACGUUCGAGACGGAGCAGGAGGUCCUCCAAAAGGCCAACGACACCGAGUUUGGCCUCUACGCCUCCGUCUUCACGCGCGACAUCUCCAAGGCCAUGCGCGUAGCCAAGGCGCUCGAAAGCGGAUCUGUAGGAAUAAAUUGCAGCUCGCUCUCGGGUGGUAGGGACUUGCCCUUUGGUGGCUACAAGCAGUCUGGCCAAGGUCGCGAGGGCAUUCUGUACAGCAUCGACCAUUUCUUGGAGCACAAAGCUGUCCUGAUCAAGGUAGACGAGACUUCCUAA